AUGGGAAAUUGUUUUAAAGAAUAUAAUUAUCGGUCUUCUCUAUCUGAUUGUUCAAGAAAAGAAAUAUUUGAACCAGACCUUAAUGAUUAAAAACCAUGUCAUAAAAGAAUAAAGUCACGAUUGUUAAGCUAAGUUGAGAAUAUUAUUAUAAAAGAAGACCCAGAAAUUGAGUAAGAUCAAUAUGCAUCUGAUGAGCUAAAUUCAUAAUUUUAGAUUGAACAUAGUUCAACUAUUAAUUUUACUAGGUUGCCACAAGGUAUUAAGAUGGAAAAACAUCACUAAAUAAAAUUAUUUAAUUUACACACUUAAAGAUAUUUACAUUCUCAUGCCAUCAAACAUGAACAUAAUAAAUCUAAUGAAGUAAGUACUUGCAAUAAUUGUAAUUAUGAAUAUGAUUGGUGGUAAAUUAUAUGGAUUAACAAUAAAACAUAUAUUUAUCAUCCAAUUACUCAAUGUUAUUUAAAAUGUUUGCAAAUUGUAAAUGACAUAGGAGAAGUUGGUUGCUUACAAAAUGAUAUGGAUGAAUGGGAAAUCCUUGGAGAUGAUGAAGAAAUUAAAUAAUAUUCAAUUAUUAGUAUUUUUAUUAUUCUUAUAUAUUAGAACUUAAACACCUAUGUACUGGACUUUAUUUGCAUACAUAACCUUACUAAAGUAAGAUUGAAAAUCAACAUAUUGUAUCUGUCUGUAAAUCAGAAGUAGCAAAUGCUUUAUGGAGAAUUACAGAUAUGCAAUGA